AUGCUUAGAGGUACAACCAUGCUUACCAGAGCUCUCAGAGGUUCACUCUGUGGGCCAGUUAGACCUCUUAACUCCAGAGUUGUCGCCAGUACGUUGCGCACUUCAAGGCUAUAUUCUACCAAAGAUGAAGGCAAGAAAUCUGAAAAGCCACAGAAACCGCAAAGUAUUUUAGAUGAUGAUUUAUUAGCCAAAUCUGGGUUUGAAGGAGUACACGAGAAGCCGAAAGAGGAAAAGGACGGCGAAUGGCAGAAAUCAUCGCACGAAGGUUCACGUUCUUCUAGAAGAAGAAGGAGCCAAACUUCAAAAGAUAAACAGCGUGAAAAGUAUGCUAAUUUGUUUUAUUUGGCAACUUUAAUUGGAGGUAUUGCGGGGGUAGGAUACUUGAGUAGAGAUUGGGAUUCCGAAGAGGAACAGAAGAGCGUUUCGGGUGACGAUAUCCCAAAUGGAUACGCCGUGUCGUCGAUUUAUGGUCGUUUGAGUAAGAGGAUGUCCUCGCUUUUUACCUUUUUUAGUGAACCUGCCUUUGAAAAUUUACUACCACCACCUGCACCUGAACCUUAUAGAAGACCAUUAACUUUGGUAUUGACAUUAGAUGAUCUUUUGAUUCAUUCAAGUUGGGAUACCAAGAAUGGCUGGAGAACCGCUAAAAGACCGGGUUUGGACUAUUUCUUGGGUUAUCUCUCUACUUACUAUGAAAUUGUGAUCUUCUCGUCUAAUUAUCAAAUGUAUUCCGAAAAUACUAUUACCAAGUUAGAUCCACUCCAUGCUUAUGUGUCAUAUGCUCUAUUCAGAGAAGCAUGCAGAUAUAAGGAUGGAAAGUUGAUAAAGGACUUAUCCUUACUCAACCGUGAUUUAUCUAAAACAGUUCUCGUUGACAUUAAUGAGGAUGCCUUUGCUUUGCAACCAGAGAAUGCUAUCGAAUUAAAACCGUGGGACGGUUCUCCCGAUGAUACAUUGAUUAGAUUGAUUCCUUUCUUGGAAUAUCUUGCUACACAGAACAUCAAAGAUGUAAGGCCAAUAAUCACUUCUUUCAAGGACAAAAGUCAUAUUAUAGAAGAGUACACUGAGAGAGAAGCAAAAUUGAGGCAGAAAUGGAGGGAGGAAAAUAAACAUUUGUUAAACAGCAGCAAUAGACCAAACGCCGGUAACCUUUUAGCUUCUGUUUUGGGUGUUCCACAAAAUACUAUCAACAAGGAACCCAAAUUUCCAUUAGAUAUCAUUAGAGAGCACGGACACUUACAAUAUGAACACUUUCAAAGAUAUCUCAAGGAGAAUGCUGGCAAGAUAAUGGAAGAAGAACAAAAAUUAAAAGAUGAAUUUGGUAAAGUGACCUUGAACAAGCUUAUGACUGAAGGUGGUCCUUCACCUGAAGAGAUAGCAAGGAUACAAGCUGAACGUGCCCAAAAUGGCGGUAACUGA